GAUUUCAAUAUUUUGGAACGAAUGCAUUGUUGGUGAUGGCAAUGAUGAAUUUUCUGUCUUCCCUUCACUUUGCCAGAUUAAAGGGGACAAGGAACAUGGUGCAGGGCUCAUGGUCGUAAUGAAAACUUUCCAUUUGACGCAAAGAAAUAGAGUGAAAACUUUCCGGAAGAGGAAACCCAGCCAUGGGACUGCUUCGUCUCUCUUCUCCGAACUGUUUACUGGCCACUUGAAGAAAAGUGAUGAUCCUAUUCUUUGGGCCUGGUCCUGAUCCUUUCUGGACAGAUUAAACAUUGCUCUGGAAGUAAGGUCCAGAGCAAACCUGAGAAGCCCGUUCGGCCUGUUUCAACUCCAACAAACCUUUUUUAAGUUCCCGGGGUUUUUUUGAGUAUCCUCCAAUGACCGUUGUUUCCAAAGAAAUGGGGCAGUUUCAGCUGCAACAGGCCUUGACACUGAAGCCAUAUCCAUGCAAAUUCAUGCCUUUAGCUUCUUUUUCUUAUUCCCCUUGUAGUCUUCUCCCAAAACUUUCCACAAUUCGUCGUUUUCCCGGUUCUACGAGACUCACUGAACCCGUCAAGUUUCCUCUUCUUCAGUCUCUGCCCACCGUUCGACCUCGCUUGGUAUGCAAGAUGAACGGCUCAGAUAUUGUUUCGGAGCUAGAACUCGGAAAGUCAGGGGAUAGACGAAAACCAGAGAAGCGGGUUAAUGGAGUAUUUUGGAUCAUACUUCUUAAUCUAGGAAUAUACGUGGCUGAUCACUUGUUUCAGGUUCAGGGCAUUCAGUCACUAUACUUGUACCACAAAUGGCCUGCUUGGUACCAAUUUUUGACAUCGACGUUCUGUCAUGCUAACUGGAAGCAUCUUUCUAGCAACCUUUUCUUCUUGUACAUUUUUGGGAAGCUCGUUGAAGAAGAGGAAGGGAAUUUUGCAUUGUGGAUUUCUUACAUUUUCACAGGUGCUGGAGCAAACAUUGUUUCAUGGCUGGUUCUACCAAGAAAUGCAGUUUCUGUUGGUGCUUCUGGUGCCGUUUUCGGGUUAUUUGCAAUCAGUGUCUUUGUAAAGAUGUCUUGGGACUGGAGAAAGAUCCUUGAAGUGCUUAUAUUGGGCCAAUUUGUUAUAGAGAAGGUGAUGGAAGCAGCCCAAGCUUCAACUGGCCUGUCUGGCUCUUCCUAUUCCUUGCAAAGUGUCAAUCACAUUGCACAUCUCUCUGGUGCUCUUAUUGGUGUUCUUCUGGUAUGGCUUCUCAGCAAAAUUCCUUCUCAACCUCCUGAUAAAGAAAUAUCAAAUUUGCAUAGAAAGAGAGGCAGAAGUUCUUAAGAAUUGAGUUGCUGAUUAAAUGAUGAUGGAGGUCUAAUGCAAUGAAGAGCUCGGAUGGUGGAUUAAAUUGUUGAGGAACGGAAUUGUAGCACAAUUGCUUUAUGCAUGUAAAUAAUUCAAUUAUAAACAGGUUGUUGUUGUAAAAUUUAAUGAUUCGAUGAAUUUUGAAUAGCUUCCAUAAUUAUUGCUAUAUUCUGAGAAUAAUAAAGCAAUUAGCAUUUCCAGUAAGAUUUUGCACAAGCUAUGUGAGAGAAUUUUGUAA